AAAAGGAUGUUCACAGAAGGAUGUUCUCUGAUGUUUGUGUGUAACGGCAGCGAGCACUAAGAUCUGAUUUUAAUGAGACUGAUUCAUUUCAAAUCAAUCUGACGUUUCCAUUUUCUUUCACCCAACUUUAUCAUUGAAAACCGAUUUGGGACGGAAACAAGCGAGAAACGGAAUCUCUGCAUGAUUGUACAUCUUUAUGGUAGAUCACCAUGACAACUGACUGGAAGCCAUCAGCUGAUGAUCUGGAGUCCAUCACAGCUGCCAAAGAAGCCUUUAAACAUGGCAACACUAAUGAUGAUGUCAUCAAGUUUUACUCUGAGUGGGUCAAAGAGGGAAAGUAUCAGAAGGACACGGAGCCCGAGCGGUACCGAGCCCACAUUCUCGCCUGUGAAAACAUCGAGAACUACUACCCGGGAAACAAAGAUAAGGUCAAGGUCAUCGAUAUCGGAGCAGGGACGGGUCGUGUGGCGGUGGAGCUUAUGAAGAAAGGCUUCAAGCUGAUGGACGCUCUAGAACCCACGACAGAGAUGUUGGACGAGGCAAAGAAGAUGAACCUGUAUAACAGCUAUAUCAACCUUGGUAUAGGAGCUGACAGACUCCCCAUAGACGACAAUACCUAUGAUCUUGCAAUCGUGUCCGGUGCUAUGGGUGAAGGUCACAUCCCGUGUGAAGCGCUUCACGAGAUGGCUAGAAUCGUCCGGCCAGGCGGAAUAAUUUCCAUCUCCAUGAGAGAAGAGUUCCUAGAUUCCUGCGCCGACUACAGGGGGCGCCUCGAGCCUUUAAUGAAGAAAAUGGAACAGGAUGGAGAAUGGAAAUUGGUGUCGCGUGAAAUCCGACCGAAUUACUACUGUGGAAAACCUGGCUUAGUGUAUCGAUAUUCCCCUAGUUAAAUUCGCUGAUUGUAUAGAAAAUAUUUGUCAUUUACUCAAGGUAUGGUUAUCAUAGAGCUGAGUGUAUUGUAAUUGCCUUUGCGCUGACAAAUUCGAUACUUUAAACGAGCACUAGGCUCUGGCUUCUCCCCCGUUGUCCGACACUGGCCACAAUGUAACAACCUCAGCAAGUCUGAUCGUGACGAGAGACUGGGCUACCGUCUGGAGGCACAGCGGGGAAAUUCACUUAGAGGCAACAAUGACAUACGCAUGUCUGAACGCUUAUUAGUUAGCGCAUGCUAAGAAUUCUAUAACACAAUGGCAAACGGUUAUUACUUUCAUAAACAGACAUAUGGAAACAAAUGCAUAGGGUGUAUCUACUAUUUCAUUCUUCUGUACACUUUCUGGUUUGGGGGACAUUAGCAGCAAGUUUUAAUAGCAGUGUGGGGCACGGGUGGCCAAGUCGUCUAAAUUCGCGAUUCGCUGUGCAGAGUUGCGUCCCUUGGGCACGUCAGAAACCUAACGAUUGUGGGUUCAAAUCCCGUUCGCCCCGAUUAUGUUUCUAGG